AUGCGGCGCGUGCUGGCUGCGGCGGCGGCGGAGGCCGGCGUUCCGCAUCUCACGCGACUCGCUGCGGUGUGCCUGCUCGGCCGCCUACAGGACACGACUGCCUCAGAUCUGGAGUCUCUGAUGGGUCAGCCAGAUCUCGUGGCUGCCUGCCUGCUGUCAGCGCCGAGCCUGGAAGACACAGAGGCGGUCGUGGAGCUCCUGCAACCCAGGCUCACGGCCGACGCGGCGACCCACGCGGCCUCGGCCCUGCGGCGCGUGGCUGGGCACCUGCCAGACGCGCGGCUGCUUGAGCUUGCCUCUGACCUGCUGGCCACGGUGGGCCUCAAGACCGCCGCGUGGCAGGUCGUGGUGGUGAUGCUCGUGGAACGCGGCACGGAUGAGGCCCUGGAGCUCGUGUAUUCUGAGAUGCGGCGCCCCGACCUCAGUGCCAGCAUGCGCGUCGGCGUGCUCAAGGCCACGAGCCAGGCCGGGCUGUGCCGUGUUCCCGAGGUGGCCGCGUUCUGGGAGGGCUGCGCCACCAGCAAGGACAAGCAGGUGGCCACCGCCGUGAUCGAGCUGGCGCCUGCUCCAGAGCUGGCGGGGUCCCAGGCGCUGGCCGCCUGGUGGGCCGGCAUCGUGCUGCGCGGCCUUGAGGGGUGA